GAUACAGUUACAAACAAGUGAAAAAGUGUACAAUUAUUUCGAAACAUUAAAAUUAUCAGCAAAGUAAUUUUUCUCCGCAGCAAAGACUCCCCAGUGUGUAAUAUUUUGCAUACGCCUGUCUGUUAUUUGCUUAGUCAUCGUGCCUAUGCAAUUUUAUUUUCUGAUUAACUGUAAAUUGAAACAAACAGCUGUCAAAUAAAAUCAACCUAACAUCAUUUGCAUCUAAUAAAAUGGAAACUUUAAUAGCAGUGGUUAUUUUGACACUGAUCGAGGCCAGCCACCAGCAAACAAAUUAUUGCGAUCCCUCCUUGUGCCUAGCUGGGACUACCCAUAUUGCUUGUAACAGUUCGAACACUUUAUCAGCUACGUGCGGAGCUGGAGCCACUGAAGUGCUACUGGAUUCUAGCUUGCAGGCGUUGAUCCUAGAUUUGCACAACGAAAUGCGCAGCACUAUUGCUACAGGCAAUCAAAAUUAUUCUUCAAGUAGUUUCUACCCACAAGCAAACCGCAUGGCAACAGUGGUGUGGAGCAAUGAACUGGCUAAUAUUGCAGCAGCUAACGCUCGACGAUGUAUUUAUGGUCAUGACCAAUGCCGAAACACGGCUGCAUUCAAGGCAGCUGGACAAAACAUUGCUAUAUUGUCGUACUACGGUAUGGCCUUUACAACAGUUGAUGUGAUAACGAAAAUGAUUGUUGCAUGGUACGCAGAAAACGCAUACGCCACUCCAGCUAUCAUCGCGAGUUAUCCCAAAGCAUACCAAGGACCCACAAUUGGCCAUUUCACUCAGAUUGUAGGCGAUCGUGUCACUCAGCUCGGAUGCUCGUUGGUGGUAUGGUAUACUUCACCAUGGACUAGGCAGUACUUGGUGUGUAACUAUUCCAUAACGAACAUCAUCGGGCAACCAGUUUACAAGAGCGGGCCUUUUUGCUCCCAGUGCACAACUGGCUGCAACGUUAACUAUCCAGGGUUGUGCCCUGUAAAUGAAGUUAUCAAUUCCAAUCCUUGAUACAAAUUUUUUGAUCGCUCAAUAAAGAUAUGCUUAUGAAA